AUGGGAACCCUGCCCCACUUUCCUGCCGACCCUCUGGCCCUGGAGCCCCAUGAAUGGGAACCAGAUGUCUCAGUUCCCUGUGGCUUCUCUCCGGCUUCUGUCUGGACCCCGGCCAGCGCCCCAGAUGGAGGAGCGGGGGCAGCUCUUCCCCAAGUCUGGGGACUGCCAGUGACCCCUCAGACCCAUUCUCCGGGGGCCCUCUCUGGGGUGCACAGACUGUUCAGGGCCCUGAGGGCUCCUGUUCUCUACAAAGAGGAAGUGGAUCCCCAGGAUGGCACUAGCCAAACUGUGGGGCCCCUAGGUGGUCCAAAGUGGCUCACAGCAGCGGGGACGAUGCUCAGCACACGUGGGGCCCCUGGGAGUCAAACCCGUGACCAGAUGCUCGGGCAGUUUGAGACCUGCUUUUGCUGCUCGCACAAGGGCGGAGGUCUGGUGGAGGCACUGUAUGUCCUCCUGACACUGGCCAUAGUUGGACCCCAGGACUGCUGGGCCGAAAAGGGCAUCCCAUGUAGAAGGUGCCGUGGAAAGUCCCUCUGUAUCGAGAACGGCUGUCGCUGCUUGGAAGGAUACAUUGCCCAGUCCGGAGUGGAAUUCAACAAUACCUUGGAGAGCUGUGACGACAUCAACGAGUGCGGCCCGCCGAGCACGGUGUCAUGCGGGAAGCUCGCAGACUGCGUGAACACAGAUGGCAGCUACCACUGUCAGUGUAACCCAGGCUACCAGCUCGAUUCCGGGGGCAAUGUUUUCAAGAACGAGAGUGAGAAUUCGUGCCAGGCUGUGAAUGAAUGCAUCUCGAAGUGGAACCCCUGUCAUAACACCACGCACUGCCUCAACACCAAGACAGGCUACUCAUGCGUCUGCCGGCCGGGCUGGGAGCCGGCUCCCGGGUCUCCCCAUGGCCCCAACACCACCAUUUGUCAAGAUGUGGAUGAGUGCGAAGUGGGGAACCACACCUGCCCCGGUGACACCACCUGUGUCAACACCAUCGGCUCCUACAAGUGCCGCUGCCCCAGUGGCAAGACGUUCAAAGUGGACAGAAAGAAUCAAGUCUCAUUGUGCAAAGAUGUGAAUGAAUGCCUUUUCCAGUCGCCCAUGUGCCACAACUCGACCGUCUGCCACAACUCCCAGGGCUCCUACUCGUGCCACUGCCGCCUGGGCUGGCUGCCCAAAGCCGGAUAUCGGGAUAAACAGAAAGACACCAUCUGUGAAGAAAUCUCCUUCCCGGACUGGAGCCCGCCAGCUGGAAUCAGGAGCCAGAGCCUAUCCCACUUCUUCAAGACAGUCGGGGAGCUGAGCAGAAACUUCAAGUCAGACAAAGCCAAGGACACCAUCAAGAAACUCAUCACUUCUAUAGACCAGCUCCUGGAGAAUCCCGGUGACCUGGGGGACCUGACCCCAUCCGAGCAGCACCAAACGGCCACUAAUCUGCUCUCAGGCCUGGAGGUCGUGUUGAGGACCCUUGCCAAAGCCAUCCCAGAAAAGUCCCUCACUUAUGUGUCCCCUUACAACACAGAGCUGAGCGUGAUGAUCAAGGACACUGAGGAAGGAAAUGUCACCAUAGGCCAGAGUCACACGCGUGUCAUGCUGAACUGGGCUGUAGCGGGUAGAGAGGACGACUUUGGUCCUGUGCUGGCCGGGGUCUUCUCUAGUCCGAGCAUGGACAAGCUGGUGGCCAACGCGUUCCUGGACCUGGACCCUGAGGCUCAGCUGCGGCUGGAAUGGCUGCACCAGAGCCCCGUGAGAGGUGCCCGCCUGCAGCUCCUUUCGGCCGUCUCCUCGGUGUUCCUGAGCAACACGCACACGGAGCAUCUGGCCCAUCCUGUCUACUUGGCCUUCGCCCAUCCUGACAAGACGCCUGGAGUCCGGCAGGAGCUGGUCUGCGCCUUCUGGCAGACUGAGGGCGAGGGUGCCGGGCGCUGGAACACCUCGGGCUGCCGGCUUCGGGGUGGCGAGAAUGGCAGCAGCACGUGUGAGUGCUCCCACCUGAGCAGCUUCGCCAUCCUCAUGGCCCACUACAACGUGCAGGAUCCCCGGCUGGCGCUCAUCACCAAGGUGGGCCUGUGGCUGUCGCUCAUCUGCCUGCUGCUCUGCAUCCUCACCUUCCUGCUGGUGCGGCCCAUCCAGGGCUCGCGCACCACCGUGCACCUGCACCUCUGCAUCUGCCUCUUCCUGGGCUCCACCAUCUUCCUGGUGGGCAUCGAGAAUGAAGGCGGCCAGAUCGGGCUGCGCUGCCGCCUGGUGGCCGGGCUGCUGCACUACUGCUUCCUGGCCGCCUUCUGCUGGAUGAGCCUGGAGGGCGUCGAGCUCUACUUCCUGGUCGUGCGCGUGUUCCAGGGCCAGGGCCCGGCCCGGCGCUGGCUCUACCUGGUGGGCUACGGGGUCCCGCUGCUCAUCGUGGGCGUCUCGGCCGCCGUCAACAGCGAGGGCUACGGCCGCACCAUCUACUGCUGGCUGAACCCCGAAAAAGGCUUCCUCUGGAGCUUCCUGGGGCCUGUGACCUUCAUCGUCCUGUGCAACGCUGUCAUCUUCAUCACGACCGUCUGGAGACUCACCCAGAAGUUCUCCGAAAUCAACCCCGACAUGAAGAAGCUGAAAAAGGCCAGGGUGCUGACCAUCACGGCCAUGGCGCAGCUCUUCGUGCUGGGCUGCACGUGGGUCUUUGGCUUGUUCCUCUUUGACCCACACAACUGGCUCCUGUCUUACACCUUCACCAUCCUCAACUGCCUGCAAGGCAUGUUCCUCUUCUUGCUGCACUGCGUGCUCAAUAAGAAGGUGCGUGAGGAGUACCGCAAGUGGGCUGGCUUGGUGACCGGAAACAAGUACUCGGAGUUUGCCACCACCACCACCGGCUCCAGCCAAAACCAGACUCGGGCGCUCAGGCCCUCUGAAUCCGGCAUGUGACGGCCCCUCCUGCACACCUGAGACCCCUUCUUUUGCUUCCCUGCGCUGCUGUCCCCCUGCACAGCAUGGAAGGGUCCGCCCUGAGCUGCAGCGCACCCCAAGUGGAAGCUGAGGCAGGCAGCCCCUGCCUCUGGUACAGACAGGCCCUUUUCCUCCAGCUGCCGCCGCAGAGCCCAAGGCUGGGUGCAGUCUGGUAGAGCUGGGACCAAGCUCACGGUACAGGGUCCCAGUGGGACCCCCGCAGACCCUUCUCUGCUCUGAGACUGUGGAUAUGGUGAAAUGUUUCUUACUUUGAGUCACACCCAGUGAUGCUCAGGGAUGCCACAUUCCUGGCUCUUGCCUCAGGAAUCAGUCUUGGCAGAGCCCUGGGGGACCCUCUGGGGUGCCGGGGAUCGAACCCGGGUAGGCUGCGUGCAACGCCCUCCCCGCUGUGCUAUCGCUCCGGCCCCAGAAGUGUGUGUUUCUUU